ACUAGGAGCGCGGGGGUGUAGGAGGAAACAGCACAAAGGUCCUGGGGAAGUACCAUUGUUCUGUUUUGAGCUGAAAAGUGCUAAGGAGGCAGCUCAGAGAAGCUAGAAAAGGGGGCGGUGUGGAGAGACAGAAACUGGGGGAAGAAAAAAGGUAUCUGUGAUUGAGUAGAUUCCGCUGACGCACCCUUGGUAAACAAGUCUCUUUCUCCCUUUUGCUACCAACUUGCAUCUUCUCAAGCCACGGAAAACUGGAGGAACUUCAGAGAGAAAGCGAUCUAGAAAAGGACUGGGCGCUCGCACGGACGAGAAGGCCUCCAGAAAGAGGCGAAGCCGCUGGGAUCAGUCCGCGAGCGCCCUCCCUCUCUGGGUUGGCGCCCGGUUUGGAGGAUUCGUCGAGCCCCCGCCCCGUCUGCUGCAGCCCUGGAUGGGACGGCGGCGAGAAGUGGGAUUGACUGACCUGGAGCUGGCGGUCGCCGAACUCAAUGUGGCAAAGUUAGAUUCCUAAGGAUGGAAACGCCACGCUCUCUGCCUGCCGUGCUGCUCCUGCUGCUGUGCACAGGAGCAGCUGCCUUCCGGAUAUGUGCCUUCAACGCUCAACGCUUUGCUGAAGGAAAGGUGAACAAACCUAGAGUCGUGGACAUACUUGUCAAGAUCUUGGCUCGCUGUGAUAUCUCAGUCUUACAAGAAGUGAUGGAUGCAAAAGGAAAGGCAGUGCCUGCUUUGAUGAAUGCCUUGCACCAGUUUGAUGACCUACACAGCUACAGUUACCUCACCAGCCCUUUGCUGGGGCGUGGAAAUUAUCAAGAACGAUAUGUAUACAUAUACAGGAACCAGAAGAUUCAGAUACUGGAUUACUAUACAUAUGAAGACCUGCAUCCAGACCGACCUGAUGUCUUUGCUCGUGAACCCUUUAUCGCCCGUUUCAGCAUGGCAAACAAAGAGCUUCCAGAGCUGGUGCUGAUCCCACAACACACGAUGCCAUCCAAGGCAGAAGCUGAAAUUGAUGCUCUCUACGAUGUUUUCCUGAAUGUUCAAGAACGCUGGGCCACAGAGGACAUGAUUUUCUUGGGUGAUUUCAAUGCAGACUGUGGAUAUGUGGCCAAGAAACGUUGGAAAGACAUCCGCCUGCGCCAGAAACCUGACUUUCAUUGGCUCAUUGGAGACCAAGCUGACACCACUGUUCGAGAGAAAACCCGCUGUGCCUAUGACAGGAUUGUGAUUCAUGGUGAACGUUGCCUAGGUGCUGUUGUGCCUGGAUCAGCUCGGCCAUUUGAUUUCCCCAAGGAAUUUGGACUUUCUGAGGAAGAGGCCUUAGAGAUCAGUGAUCAUUAUCCUGUAGAGGUGGAACUUAGCUCAUCCUGUAAGAAGCUCCAGCCAGCUAGUUUAGCUGGUCUUGUGUUGCUGACCAUAGUUGUGAUAUCAGACUCAAGAUGUGGCAUCUGAAGGAAGAAGAUGGCUGUUGUGCUAGUCCUAGAACUAGAUAUAGAUGGAGGCCUACCCAAAAGGGUACUUAUUAUUUUCACAAGAGCACUUGAAUAAGUUAUGUUGACUCUAGAUUCAGCUUCCAUCUAUGGUGAAUCCCUGAUGUUCAGACAGUAAGUUCUGGGAAAGCCUGGGAAAUGGAUCCCUCCUCAGUCAACAGGAGUGCUGAUUUACCACCAGUUUAUCAAGUACUUAGGAGGCGAGGGCUUGACAGCACAAGGAAACAACAGCCAAUGACUUAAUAGCCAGCCAUCAACACCCCAGUCAACAACUAAAAAGCUACAUACAACCAGGCACCAUAUAAAUACCACACAGAGAACAACCCAAAGUACACACUCUACUAGGGAAACAUUCCCUGAGGAUGAGCUCCAACACAAGUCUGAAAACUUGGAAGACUAAACCACUGCUCCCAGUGACCAACCCAGAUUGGAUCCUGUAAAAGUAGGUUCUCCCCAAAGUACCUACUUUUGGACUGAUCCUUCUCAUCAAGAUUGUCAAAAGGACCCUUCAGGCAGUAAAAAUGUAUAAGGUUUUCUCAUUCAGUUGAGCCUUGUUGUUUGGGCAAAGACUCUUUGAGUUUGGGUAUCUCCUCAUAUUCUUGAAUAUCCUCACAUGCUGACUUCUUGAUUCUGCUUCCUGAUUGUACUUUGGCUCAACUACCUCAGGGAUCCUGAAUACUGGAUAGCGUCUGUCUCACUUUUGCCUUUUGUCAGAAACUCAGCCUUGGUGCCAGGUUACAAAGAGGGCUUCCCUGGGCCAGACUCAUGAUCUAAGUUCGAAAAUUCAGCAGGACCUUCCUCAAAGAUAUGUAUGUAUUGUAGCUUGUACGUUAUCAUUGGUUGCUCCUUUGUCCUAUAUUUUCUCUAUGUUCUGUUAUACAGAAAAUGGACUAACUAUCCAUUAAUAUAUGGAUUUAAAAAAAAAACCUUUCCAGUGAAGUUCAUGGGAAGAAAACGUUUCAUGCCAGUUCUGAGGCUGCUAUGAAAAUAUAUUUUUUUCAAUGGGACUAUGGAGAAAUACAAGAUGCAAUGAAAAUCAGCUCCUCUAUUGUGGUGCUGCCUACACCCAUAUUUUUGGAUGUUGUGAUGGAAGAUCUAAUCUGGAGAAACAAUCAUGCUGGCAAACGAUUUUGCUGUAAUGUUUUGCAAGUGAUAAACACCAGUGGUGGGUUCUGACCGGCUUUACUACCGGUUCUCUUUGAGCAUGCGCUUCACUGUUCAAAGUUACAAUGGCACUGAAGAAAGUGAUUUAUGAUUGGUUUUCUCAUGACUGUUAUAGCAUUCCCCAUGGUCAUGCAAUAAAAAUGUGGAUGCUUGGCAACUGGCAUGUAUUUAUGACAGUUGCACUUUCCUGGGGUCAUAUGAGCAUCUUUUCUAACUUCCCAGCUGGCUUCUGACAAGCAAAAUCAAUGAGGGAAGCCAGAUUCAUUUAACAACUGCAUGAUUCACAUAACAACUGUGGCAUAAAAAGGGGUGCAACUCGCUUAAUAACUGUCUUGCUUGGCAAUGGAAAUGUUGACUUAAUUAUGGUGAUAGAACAAAAAUUACCAGUAGUCUCCCUUCUUUAGUAGCCAAACAGAGAAUCUGGAUACUAAAAAAAAAGGGCGGACAGUGAAUAACAAGGAAUGUAAAUAUCAGCAUAGAAUCAUGGGAAUAGGAUCAGUGGUGGGUUUCAAAUUUUUUUACUACCAGUUCUGUGGGUGUGGCUUGGUGGGCAUGGCAGGGGAAGGAUACUGUAAAACCUCCAUUCCCACCCCACUCCAGGGGAAGGUUACUGCAAAAUCCCCAUUUCCUUCUGAUCAGCUGGGACUUGGGAGGCAGAGAAUAGAUGGGGGUGGGACCAGUCAGAAUUUUUACUACCGGUUCUCCGAACUACUCAAAAUUUCCACUACUGGUUCUCCAAAACUGGUCAGAAUCUGCUGAAACCCACCUCUGAAUAGGAUACUUGAUAUUUUUCUUCUUGACUCAGGGAACAUUUCAUAAAAGAAUUAUGUAUAUGUUUUUUUUGUGUGUGUGUGAUUCCAAUCUAUCCUUCCGAGCAGUGGGGAUUCAUUUUGUACAGAAUAAAUAUUAUAUAAUUUUACAGCACAAUAUAAACUAUACCAAUAUCUGAAAAUUGGCAGCAAAAAUAGCAUUGACAUUUGCAUGUUGAAGUUCAGUUCCCUGGCUUGCUUAAAAAAAAAAAUCUAGGCCUAAAUAAGUAGGGAUAAACCUGUGAGCAGAAUUUUCCAUAUGACUCAGUAAGUUUCCUAAGUCCUUCAUUUAUUCUUUUAAUAUGCAUCUUCAUGAUAGAUCUGGCAUGAUAAAGGAAAACUUUAGAAGACUUUAGAUUAUUAUAUGAAAAAAAAUCCUUAAUGCAUUUCUGAUGAUUCAUGUACUGUAUUGCAGUGCUUUCUGCACUUUUACCACUCCCUGAACUUAAGCACAUGAUUAAGGUAGCUUUUAUUGUAAUUUUAAAUUUUAACCAAAAAGGUGUUGCCAGUUAAUGGACAUUGAGGUGGAUGGAUAGUUUUGUGAAUUGAUUUUGUGCACUGAUUUUAUGAUUCCACUUGUUUAUCUUGUAAAACUGGUUCAAAAAUUUUAAGAAGUCUGGCAAUAUAUAACUCUAUAUAAUACUAACUAAGGAAUGAACACUGGUUUUGAACAGGAACUUUUUAAUUCUUUCUAAAUGAUGCACCAUUGUUUGAACUGGUUUCAGUAGAUUCCCUGGUAUGUGUUGAAGAUAACUCUGGCUUUGCACUAUUUUCAAUCACUGCCACUCCUUAUUUAUAGCUUAGCUCUAUUGCCAUGACUAAAUCUUGUUUUUUGACUUUGUUCUUCCCCAUUAGUUGCAGUAUUUUUUAAACAACACCAUUAAUUGAAAAUAUAAUGGAAGUUUCUGUUUCGAGCAGCGUUAUUCAAGAAGAACCUUGCUUGAGUAUAUAAGCUGACAGCAAACAGUACUCCUUUCUAGCACUGAUGAUGUUACCUAGUUUGGAACGUCUGCAAGAAAAUAAGCAAGCUCAGAGAGCAUCAAGGACCCCUCAUUUCAACCCUGAGCUACAAAUAUUUUCCUUUAUUAGAAUUUUGUUUGAUGUGAUAAAAUUUAUUGUAAACAUGCAUGUGCAUACAAGAGAGCUAAUUUGGACUAGUGAUUAAGGUACCAGGAUAGAAACCGGGAGUCAGUGAAUUCUAGUUUUGCUUAUGCCAAGCCAGCUGGAUGACUUUGGACCAGUCACUCUCUCUCUCAGCCCUAGGAAGGAGAUAAGGGUGAACCAGCUCUGAAAAACCUUCUGAAAAACCUGCAGAGACUAAUCCAAGGAGUCCACACUGACUUGGAGGCUCGCUCGCUCGCUUACUCACACACACACACACAGAGAAAGAGAGGGGGGGUACAUACAGCCAAACACAUACACAUUUGUAAUACCAAAGGGUGUAUGCUCACACUGUACAUGCCCAAUUGCAAUUGUACAAUUAAACUGGAUUGACAAUCUUUUAUGAAAAACCAAACUGGAUCAAUAAAAGUAUUGAUUUGAAAAGGUAAA